AAAAACACUUCCCACAUGAAGCUCAUUCUGAUGGAGGAGUGGAGAUGGAAGGUCCUCCCUUUGUUCCAGAUAAAAAGCAGGUGUUUUCUUUAUGAACCCUGGAUUGUUCCAACGCUCCAGAGAAGGAUGAAGGUGGCUGGAGUUUUGCUCGUCUUGUCUGUAACUCUGGGUGCUGCUCGGGGACAGAAAGCAGAGCUGGACCUCGUGGAUGAAGCUGAGAGGACGAACACGAGAGAAUGUGCAAACCUCACGCUGGUUUUAGACAACUGGAAAUACGCCAUCAUGACUCAGGUCAAAGAUCUGCUGCUGCAUGACCACAACACCGUGCUGCCCGACUACGGAAGGAUUCAGCCGCUGUCAGAAGCUCUGGGAAAUCUCUACGUAGAGUUCAACUCCCUGAAGGAGCGCCUCGUUGAGCUCACAGCCAGGUUUGAAGACGUCGAGAGUUUCGUCGACGAUGUUCGGUCAGGAAAGAAGACCGGAGCACAAAGUAGCGAAAUCCUCAGGUGGUCAACCAGAGAUGAGGGCACAGCGAAAGCUCUGUAUUAA